AUGCGAUACCGUCAACUCCUCGUGGCUGCAGUUAGGCUGAUGCAGCCUAAUGCUUCCCGUGCGUACAAGUUUGUGUCGACCGGCUCCACGGUACAACUCAAUGGCAUCCCCUACUACAUACCUCCAUCCCCUAUCGGCCAUGUUGAGGUCCAAUUGCCCGUUACAUCGGAUGGGCCGGACCCGUUGCCCAUAACCAUCAUCAACUCGGUAGCCAAGACAUUUGGUUCAGCCGACUUAGAGUCCAUUAAGACGCAGUUCAGCCGGCUCGAUGAUGUUUUCCAGCCUGGAUUCCUCAACGCCCUAUACAUCCAAGGUCCUGGCACGUAUCCCAAGUCCGUCAAUGACUGCUCCAUCUUCUCUUCACAAAAGAACACAUCCUUUCCCCCGGGACCUUACUUCGUCUCUCGUACAGGGUCUUUGUUUCACGCAUACCGACUCUACGCAGAUACCCAAGGCGCCUUUACGGAAACAGUGGUGCCCAACACCGAUGGCUCGUACUCGGUCCUACCGGCCAAUGUACCCGGUCAGUCACUGGCGGUAGCCGUUCCCUCGCGAUUGUACUUCACCACAUCGCGUGACAAGCCUCUGGCAGGUGUGCGUCUCGGAGUCAAAGACAUAUUCGACGUCAGAGGCCUCAAGACAGCAAACAGCAACCGCGCAUGGUAUCAGCUGUAUCCAGCCGCUAAUAGCACCGCGCCGGCCGUGCAGAACUUGGUUGAUGCCGGGGCUGUGAUUGUGGGCAAGAUGAAGACGAGCCAGUUUGCCAUCGGAGAGACUGCCACUGCCGACUGGGUCGACGUGCAUGCACCGUUCAACCCGCGCGGCGACGGCUAUCAGGACCCUUCAUCCUCUUCUGCUGGGCCUGCGGCCGGCACAGCGUCUUACCCGUGGCUCGAUAUAGCCAUCGGCUCGGAUACUGGUGGAAGUAUUAGAAGCCCGAGCCAAAUACAGGGCGUAUUCGGCAAUCGACCCAGUCAUGGUUUGGUUACGCUUGCCAAUACGAUGCCCAUUGCCCCAGGGUUUGACACCGCUGGUAUCUUCGCCCGUGAUCCCAGGCUUUGGAAGACGGCCGCCAGAGCUUUGUACCGUGACAACAUGACCAACAUCGACAAGUUUCCGUCGAGCAUUCUUACCGUGGGCUUCCCGGCUGAGACCAAUCCCGAGCUUGCAGGCAUGUUGUCAGGCUUCCUCAGACGCCUGACAGACUUUCUGUCCGCCAACAGUACGACCUUCAACUUGACCGCAUCUUGGGCGUCGUCACACCCCGACGGCCAGCCGUUUGACGCCUUCAUCAACAAUACGUACGAAAUAAUCACUGCUGCAGAGCAAGCGAAGCUCGUGCGGGACCCUUUCUACGCUGACUAUGCCGGCGCACACGACGGCCGCCGACCGUUUGUGAAUCCCAGCCCUCUUGACCGCUGGGCGGUCGCUGAUGCUUUCCCUGGCGCGCUUGACUCGGCCAAGGCAAAGCAGAGGCAAUUCCGCGAAUGGAUAGACAGUGUGGUUCUCCCGAGUGACCCGCAGACAUGCUCCAAGCACCUGUUCGUGUACGUGCCGCGAACACCAAAGCCCAAGUACCGGAAUGCGUAUCUUCAGGGCGUGACGCCGCCGGCGGCUUUCUCGACAAGCCGAAUCUCCGUCAUGGGUGAGGUGCCUGACCUCGUCGUACCAAUCGGGGAGAUUGCGUACAAGUCGGCCAUCACGAAUCACAUGGAGUAUCUGCCCGUCACGGUAGACUUGAUGGCUCGCAAGGGAUGUGAUGGCAUGUUGUUUUCCCUCGUUGAGAGGCUGCUCGCGGAGGGCAUCAUUGGCGUGGUUAAGCCAGGGAGGAGCCUCGUGAGUGGCGGAGACAUUCUUUUGUAA